AUGCUAGAUGCGCGUGUCGUAACAAACAAAAAAUCAAAAAUUACACCUUAUUCGCCCCCAGAAAUCCUUGUUGUGUCCCGUGACCCCGCCGAGCCGCCCCUGUACCGUACCGUUACGGUACUGUCGUAUUGCCAGCGUUCCAACCGUCCACUGCCGAGACCAACACCGGUAACGAAAAUCGCCCAGACAUUCGUGGAUACAGAGGACAAUUCCUCUAGCAACCAGCCGCGCCUUGCCAGUAAUCCAGCUACCAGGGCCUUGGUCCAGUCCCCAGAUUCCCCCGAAUUCUGCUGCCCCUGCGGUGCCUUUUUAGGCUGGAAGCAGAUCCGCUUAGGUGGACGGCGGCAGAGUAGGAGCUAUAGUGACCUCCGCUUGUUAGGGAAUGCCCAGUCCAGGGGCUUCGCUUGGGAGGUGAAUGAUGCAAGUCGCAUCACGCCUGUUGCAGAAGAACCGAAGAAGUCUGUUAAAAAGGGACAGGCGCCAAUUGAAUUGCUUCCCGCCGAAAUCCUAGACCAAAUCAUCUCCCACUUGGCUAUCGAUAUCCCCCCUAAUGGCUACACUCCACGGAAUGUUGACCUUGUUUCGUGUCUCCUGACCUCUCGGACACUCCACUCCGCGACGCUCAGUGUCCUGUAUCGACACAUUACCAUCCCACAUUCGAUCAUCUUCUCCAAGGCUCUAAACCAUAUGAAGCAGUAUCCCGCUCUGGGUACCAUUGUCCGGCGCCUGGACUUUUCCCACUUCACCUCUGUUGGGCUGGGUCGUACGCAGCAAAUGAAUGUUGAAAUUCAGAACGUCACUUCUAAGACCCUGUUAGAAUGCCUAGAGUUGCUGACAAACCUCAAGGAAUGUCUGCUACAAGAGCAUCUCGAGGACGAUUUGAAUGUUGACGUUCUCCGAAAAUUGCUCUCGCGAACCCCUUCUCUGCGCGCUGUUGAUUUCUGCGGGUGUUCAUCCUCCAUCUUCUCCGACGGCUUCCUGAGCGCCGUCACUGAAGAUCCUGAUUUCCCUGCCACCCUCCCAAGCCUCCGCCGGGUGUCACUUCACGAGUGCAGCGGUCUCGUUCCGCCCGUAUUCGAAACUUUGCUCCCGCGCCUAGUCAACGUGACCCAUCUCGAUGUGUGCCACACCCAGAUUACGAAUUCUGCGUUGAUGUCCAUCCCACAUAGCGCCCGCAUCACACACCUAAACAUUUCACGUUGCACCAAGCUCACUGGACCGGAGGUGGUGAAAUUCCUAACCACCCACCCAGCUGUGAGGGAAUCACUCGUCUAUUUGAAUGUCAUGACUGAUAGCUCUAGACACCAACUCCUGGACGAGACGGACGUCGACAAUCUCCUUCCCUACCUAACUUCCACCCUGCGCUCGGUGAACUUGGGUGGGGCAAAGAUCCGCUCAUCAAAUAUGCCUUCCCUCCUCCGCCUCUCCAAACACGUCGAAGAACUCGGCCUCGAUUCAGCCAACCUUACCAUCAGCGACAUCAACCUGUUCUUCGCCCUUCCACCGUCCGAUAGCGAUAGCGAUAGCGGCAGCAACGCCACUACCACUACCACUACCAGUACCAGUACCAAUGGAAAUACAACUGGAAACGCCAACAACACCAAUCAUGAAGACCCCAGCCCAUAUCGGGUCUGGGUCCCUUCUCAACUCUGCUAUCUCGAUCUCACCAAGAACCCACACUCUGUCUUCUCGUCACUCAGCACAGUGCGCCUCUCGACGUGA